CGACGGGGGUUGAUUGCGAGUCCCCGCGGCAGAGAAGGAACAACAGAACUGACAGGCAGUAGCGCGACAAGGGGAAGAUGGAGCAGCACAGAGGCACCGCGGAUUUUAACAUCUUGUUAGCCACCGACUCCUACAAGGUCACACAUUACAAACAGUACCCACCCAACACUACCAAGGUGUACUCUUACUUUGAAUGUCGCGAGACGAAGACAGACCCUACCAAGCUCAGAAAAGUCAAAUACGAUAAAACGGUCUUCUACGGGCUUCAGUACGUUCUCCACAAAUACUUAAAAGGACAGGUUGUCAAUCCAGAGAAGAUUCUGGAAGCAAAGGAGGUAUAUCGGGAACACUUUCAGGAUGAUGUGUUUAAUGAAAAGGGCUGGAACUACAUUCUGGAGAAAUAUAACGGUCACCUGCCCAUCGAGAUCAAGGCUGUGCCAGAGGGAAGCGUAAUCCCACGUGGGAAUGUGCUCUUCACAGUAGAAAGCACAGAUCCGGAAUGCUACUGGCUUACUAAUUGGGUAGAGACCAUCUUGGUUCAGAUCUGGUAUCCCAUCACCGUGGCGACUAACUCACGUGAACAGAAAAAGAUUCUAGCCAAAUAUCUCAUGGAAACUUCAGGAAGCCUGGAGAGAUUGGAAUAUAAACUCCAUGACUUUGGCUACAGAGGAGUUUCUUCUCAAGAGACGGCUGGUAUCGGUGCAUCUGCACACUUGAUAAACUUCAAAGGAACAGACACUGUGGCGGGUAUCGGUGUCAUUAAAAAGUACUUCGGCACCAAAGACCCAGUUCCUGGUUACUCCAUACCAGCUGCUGAACACAGCACAAUCACUGCCUGGGGAAAGGACCAUGAGAAAGAUGCUUUCGAGCACAUCAUCAAACAGUUCCCCUCUGUCCCUGUGUCCAUCGUCAGCGACAGCUACGACAUCUACAACGCUUGUGAGAAGAUCUGGGGGGAGGACCUCAGGAGUCUGAUCGAGAUAAGGAGCGCAGAUGCCCCGCUUGUGGUCCGACCAGAUUCUGGAAACCCUCUAGACACGGUGCUAAAGGUCCUAGAGAUUUUAGGAAAGAAAUUUACUCCGAUUGUGAACUCCAAAGGCUACAAGGUGCUUCCACCCUACAUCCGAGUCAUUCAGGGCGACGGUGUGGACAUCAAUACUCUACAGGAGAUUGUGGAGGGCAUGAAAGAGCACAGAUGGAGUAUUGAGAAUAUUUCGUUUGGCUCAGGAGGAGCUUUGCUGCAGAAACUGACCCGAGAUCUGCUCAACUGCUCUUUCAAAUGCAGUUACGUGGUCACAAACGGACUGGGCGUAAAUGUCUUCAAAGAUCCAGUCGCAGACCCCAACAAAAGGUCAAAGAAGGGUCGGCUUUCUCUUCACAAGACACCAAACGGAGAAUUUGUCACUCUGGAAGAGGGGAAGGGUGACUUGGAGGAGUAUGGAGAGGAUUUGCUGCACACUGUGUUCCGAAACGGGAAGGUUGUAAAGUCGUACACCUUCGACGAGGUCAGAGACAAUGCCAAGCUGAAGGAGAGUGAAGUGGAGGCGCUUCUACUCUGAGCUAACGUCCACCCGUCUCCCUAUCAACCCUCUUUCACUUCACACCCCCACACCCACUACUGAGAGACGUGCGGGCGAGUCACCCCACAUUCAGUGUACAGAGCUGUUCUUAGUUUCUGUCUCUAGACUCCUACGCUUCAGUGUCUCUUUCUAAUGGCGGAUGAAAGCAAUCAUCAUGCCAUUUAAAUCAUUUAACCGUGUAUUUGACCAAGUGUGCUAUCGAUCACACGUCUUUGCCGGAAUGGAGACGGAUGUGUAUACCGUGAGAAGAUUUAGCUUUGCUUGUUUGACCGUAGGACUGAAAGUUAAUUGUUCAGUGUACGUUGAAUUUGAAUGUCGUGCCUAUGUUUUAUCACUUAAUCAAAGGAUUAUUCUAUUCCUGUUUGCAUAGGAGGUGGCUGAUGUAGGGGGACACUUUGCUUUACUUUCUUUGGCCUUGUUUUUGUGUUUCUUGUAGGUUGAGUCUCACCACAUUAUGUCCAUUUCACUUCUGAAUCGCAGUAAACAAACAAGAAAUUUAGCAUGAAGCAAGUGAGUUCUGCUUUUAGGACCGUUUAUUUUUUUAUUUUUUUGUAAUGACAUUUCAACACGAUUUUCCAUCAAUUAUUGGCAGAUAUGAUAACAAAUACUACCAUGAUGUAUGAAUAUUUAAUUGAAAUAAUGUAUCAUUAUUUUUUCUCAAUAAAGCAAACCAAAAUGGGUUAAUUAAAAAAUAAAUGGGGUGAAAUCGUCAUAAAAUUAAUCACAGUGCAAAAAAAAAAAAAAAAAAAUAUGUGGUCAAGAAAAAUACGCAUAAUUUUCAUUCUGCAUACAACUUAGCUUUUUUUAUUUUUUAUUUAACAAUAUAUAAUUUUUUGCCAACAUGUUAGAUGCUAAUCUUGAUAUACAAUAUAAAGCUGAUAUAUGUAAGACAACAACAACAACAAAAAAACGUUUUAUUUGGAAGUGCUUGAUAAUGGUACUAUGAUAAUAUUAUGGGAAUUAUUUUAGAAGAGCUUGGUUUUACCAUUUUGUAUACUUACGAUUUCAAACACCAGAAUCAUCAUUUUUUUAUGAAAGACCGUAAUUUAUCACCAGAGUUACCGUAGUAAAGAUUUAUUGUCAGGCCAAACUGCCUCCUCUCUUGUGUAUAUAUCGGCUUUUUCUUUUUGAGAGAGCGAGAGAGAGGUGACGUAUUAUUAGUGCAAAUAUAGAUUUGUUUUUAUUUUUGUCUAAUGUCCAUUUUGUACCAACAGAAAAUUCACAGCUAUGUUCUGCAAAUAGCUAGAUAAAUAUGCAUAUGUGUGUGUGGUGAGAAUGCGUUUGUUCAUGCCUGUUUGAUUGUACACUUGGUUAAUAAUACUUGCUAAGCAUAAUUUGAUGUUUUUUUAUGUAUAUGUCAGGUCUCCCUUUUCCUUUCAAACUCUACGAAUAUUUUAAACUAACAAAAGAUUUUGACGGCAUAUUAAAAACAAAAACAAUCCAUCCUAUUUGAAAUGUUUUUAUUUAUUUUCUUUUUUUUAAAUGAUACUAUACAUAGAAAUGGAAGCAUUCCCUUUUAUAGCUGCUUAAGAACAGUUAACUAUUUCUCAAUGCACUAGCCUUCAACCUAGUAAUUAAAUCACAUUUUGAUGACAAGUUUAAAACUGUAUUAAGGAACAUUCGUGUGAAAGUUUAAAUAAAAAGCAAUAUCCUACUGA